UCGAGAGGCCGAAUUCAGAGGUGACCAUUGGCAUAUUGGCAGUGUGCAUAGUGGGCGGGCGUUGCUAUGUAGCAGGUUUGACUGCGUCUCACAAUAGCGGGUUAUAGCUAAGUUUGUGGCAAAGAAUAGGGAGAGCUGGGCAGUGCAAGUAGAACGAAUGAAUGUGUGCAUGAACGUUAGAAAGGGAAUUUCAACUGGGAUUUUUUUCCACGGGGACAAGACAAGAGCAGGCCCACUCUCUCUGCACUGACGACUGCCCCCUCCCCCUCCACACAGAAACACAGCAGUAGCAUCCGCCGGUGCUGAAGAUGUCGGAUAAUGGGGAAGUGGAGGACAAGCCACCCGCGCCGCCCAUGAGGAACACCAGCACCAUGAUCGGAGCCGGGGGCAAAGACACUGGCCCCCUCAACCACGGCUCCAAGCCCCUGCCCCCCAACCCCGAGGACAAGAAGAAGAAGGAGCGCUCCAUCCGCUCCAUCCUCACCGGAGGAGGGGACAAGACCAAUAAGAAGAAGGAGCGCCCCGAGAUCUCCCUCCCGUCUGACUUUGAGCACACCAUCCAUGUUGGAUUCGACUCCGUCACUGGAGAGUUCACGGGCAUGCCAGAGCAGUGGGCUCGGCUGCUGCAGACUUCCAACAUCACCAAACUGGAACAGAAGAAGAAUCCGCAAGCCGUUCUAGACGUUCUCAAGUUCUACGACUCCAAAGAGACCGCCAACAGCCAGAAGUACAUGAGCUUCACAGAUAAGAGCUCAGACACUUACAACUCCUCGGCAGCCGUGAACUCCAAAACCGUGUCAGAAACCCCCGCAGUGGCCACCGUCUCAGAAGAUGAUGACGAAGAUGAGGCCACGCCGCCACCUGUGAUCGCUCCCAGACCGGAACACACAAAAUCAAUAUACACACGCUCUGUGAUUGAACCCCUCCCUCCGCCCCCCACCAAAGAUGCCGCCACCUCGCCCAUCUCGCCACCAUCGGCCGAGAGCAGCAGCCCCACUCCCACGCCCUCUUCCACAGCCCCGCGCAGCGCCGACAAAACCCGCAAGAAGACAAAGAUGACAGACGAGGAGAUCCUGGAGAAGCUGCGGAGUAUCGUCAGUGUGGGCGACCCUAAGAAGAAGUACACGCGCUUUGAGAAGAUCGGUCAGGGGGCGUCUGGAACAGUUUACACAGCGAUAGACAUUGCCACUGGACAGGAGGUGGCCAUCAAACAGAUGAACCUCCAACAGCAGCCCAAGAAGGAGCUGAUCAUCAAUGAGAUCCUGGUCAUGAGGGAAAACAAGAACCCCAACAUUGUCAAUUACCUGGACAGUUACCUGGUGGGUGAUGAAUUGUGGGUGGUGAUGGAGUAUCUGGCCGGAGGCUCGCUGACCGACGUGGUAACGGAGACGUGCAUGGACGAGGCACAGAUCGCCGCCGUGUGCCGUGAGUGUCUUCAGGCCCUGGAGUUCCUGCACCUUAGCCAAGUGAUCCACAGGGACAUCAAGAGUGACAACAUCCUCCUGGGAAUGGACGGCUCAGUCAAGCUCACUGAUUUUGGCUUCUGCGCCCAGAUCACCCCUGAGCAGAGCAAGCGCAGCACUAUGGUGGGCACGCCCUACUGGAUGGCCCCGGAGGUGGUGACGCGGAAGGCCUACGGGCCCAAGGUGGACAUCUGGUCCCUGGGCAUCAUGGCCAUCGAGAUGAUUGAGGGGGAGCCGCCCUAUCUCAACGAGAACCCGCUCAGGGCGCUGUAUCUCAUAGCAACCAAUGGCACCCCAGAACUGCAGAACCCAGAGAAGCUGUCGGCGGUGUUCAGAGACUUCCUGAACCGCUGUCUGGAGAUGGACGUGGAAAAGAGAGGCUCUGCUAAGGAGCUUUUACAGCACCAGUUCCUGAAGGUGGCCAAGCCGCUAUCCAGUCUCACUCCGCUCAUCCUGGCGGCCAAAGAGGCGGCCAAGAACAACCGCUAACCCCCAACUGGAGCACACCACCUCCACCCACCACCACCACCCCAUCCUCUCUGUCCCUCUCUGUCUCUUCCAGCCUCUCUCCUACUCUCUUUCUCUUCCUACCUCUUUGUACCCCUUCCUCUUUCUGUCCAUCAGGGGGAGGUGGGCCCCUCGUGUGGAGGUUGUGAGAAAAUACCCCUCCUGUGAUUGCCACCCUCAGGGUGUGUGAGGUGGCCAGGCCACGAAAGGCCAGCAUAGAGGCGCAGAGAGAUGACAUCACGGAGACAUGAAGGACCUCACUGGGGACGUGAAUGGUACUCCAGGCCCAAAGGACUUUUAGGGAAGGAUUGGCCUGUAACUUGCUUUCACAAACGAAGCGUAUAUCCUCCUGCUUCUUCCCACAUCACUGACUUUCUUUGGGUUCUGGGAUUUCAUUUGAGCGUCUCUCUUUCUCGCUCUCUCUAUCUCUCUCUCUAUCACUCUCUCUCUCUCUCUCUCUCUCUCUCUCUCUCUCUUUCUCUCUCUCUUUCUCUGUCUCUUUCUUCCCUUUAAGUUUUUUUUUUUUUUUUGCCUGAAUGUUUGUAUGUAAGACCAGAAGUCGAUUUGUCAGUUUUAAUGUACUGUAUGGAAAGUGCUUUUUUGUCAUUUUACUUUUUUUUUAAAAUGAAAAUACGAUUUUCUUCUGGGUUUGAUUGUAGAGUAGCGGAGCUGGGGGAUAUGAAUCUGGUACAGAUUUGUGACUAUUACUUCAUAAAAAUAUAAAACACUUUCUUGGGAAUGAUUCUGGUACUGAAAUGAAAGUGGUACGCAUGUCUUUAAAACAAAAAUAAACUAUUGAUUUGGAUAAUAAUACAAAAUGAGAAUAAUAAUCUAAGUUAAGGUACAUGAAGGAUGCCUGUUUAUGAUAUCAAGUCAUUGUGUCAGGUACUGCAAGAGGUUCAAUGUUUCACCUGACAGACCUGAACCGUCCUCACCACCUCUGAAAAUGUGUAUAUUUCUCUGUUGACAAUGGCUCAAAGCCGAAAGAAAAACAAUUAAAGUUCAUUACAGUCUUUGUAUAGCAUUGAGUGUGAAUGUGUGUGUGAGUGUGUGUAUGUGUGAGUGUGUGUCAGCAUGCAUUUGUGUGUGGGUGUGUGUGGUCACAGAAAUUUAAUAGAAAAUGUUGAUGUUUCCAAACCCAAAUGCUUUAAGCGAGUUUCUUUUUUAUGUAGCGUUAAUGUACCUUUUGGCCUUAAAACUGUUUCACAGAAUGCAAGACUGUUUAUUACAUGAGUUCACGCUAAACAUCAUCAUCCUCAUUUGGAUGUAUGAACCUAGGAGAUGAAGAGUGGCUUGGCAGGCUUGUGAAAUAAACAGUCUUGUUUAUCCUGUGUACUUGAGCCAUACACUCUCUUGUUUCUAAAGUCAUUUUGAUUCCAGUGAAGAUUCUCAACUGACGUGGGACAAAAUAAACUCUCCGAAAGUUU